CGGUAUUGGCAGUUGCGCACUAGCGCUAUAGAAUUUCAGAGAAGGGAGAAAAAUAGAAUUGUUCGGAGACCGAACCCGCGGCCUCAGAUCUGAGACAAGCCACCGGGCUCCCUCUCCCUCCUCGCGCGCGCGGGGCCUUCGCGAACCUCCUGGAAGCUUCCGGAGGCGGAGGCGGCGGCUGCUCCGGGGAGAUGGGGGUGUUCGACCGGCUGCCGCCGAUGGACCGCCUGCGGUCCGAGAAGAUGUGCUUCGUGCAGCUCAUCAUCCCCGCCGAGAGCGCGCGCCUCGCCGUCACCUACCUCGGCGAGCUCGGGCUCCUCCAGUUCAAGGACUUGAAUGAGGAUAAGAGUCCUUUUCAGCGUAUAUUUGUCAAUCAGGUAAAGCGAUGCUCUGAAAUGUCACGCAAACUAAGAUUUUUCAAUGAUCAGAUCAACAAGGCAGGUGUAAAGUCCUCUGUUCGACCUGCAAUGCAACCAGAUAUAGAUUUGGAGGAGCUAGAGGCAAAAUUGCGCGAGCAUGAGAAUGAUCUGCUUGAGAUGAAUACAAAUAGUGAGAAACUACUACAAACAUACAAUGAGCUUCUUGAAUUCAAGAUGGUCUUGUCAAAGGCAGGUGGUAUUCUUGCUUCUUCUCACAAUCAUGCUGCUCCAGCUGAGCGGGAGCUAGAUGAACACAUAUAUGACAAGGAAAUGGAUGAUGGAAAUGCCUAUUUACUUGAACAGGGUGUGCAUCUAGGGGCUUCGGAGAAUUCUGGAGUGAAGUUUGUUAGUGGGAUUAUUUUAAAGUCCAAGGCAAUGGCUUUUGAGAGGAUGCUAUUCCGAGCUACAAGGGGGAAUAUGUUUUUCAAUCAGGCGCCUGCAGGGGAACCUGUUACUGAUCCCAUUUCUGGUGAAGAGGUAGAGAAAACUGUUUUCGUAGUUUUCUUUUCUGGGGAUCAGGCUAAAGCAAAAAUAUUAAAGAUUUGCGGUUCAUUUGGAGCAAGUUGCUACCCUGUUCCCGAGGAGAUGGUUAAGCAGAGACAGAUUUUUCGCGAGGUAUCUGGACGCCUUGCUGAUCUGGAAGCCACUUUGGAUGCUGGAAUCCAGCACAGAAACAAAGCACUAGAGUCAGUAGGUUCACAAUUAUGGAGGUGGACAAUCAUGGUGAAAAAAGAGAAAGCUGUAUAUGAUACAUUGAACAUGCUGAAUUUUGAUGUCACGAAGAAAUGCCUUGUUGGGGAAGGAUGGUGUCCUAUAUUUGCUAAAUCACAGAUCAAGGAUGUUUUGCAGCGUGCAACGCUUCACAGUAAUUCACAAGUUGGAAUAAUAUUUCAUGAGAUGGACACUAUUGAUUCACCGCCUACAUAUUUCCAAACCGAUAAGUUCACUAACGCUUUCCAGGAGAUAGUUGACGCAUAUGGUAUUGCUCGAUAUGAGGAAGCUAAUCCAGCUGUCUAUUCUGUCAUCACAUUCCCAUUUCUUUUUGCUGUGAUGUUUGGAGAUUGGGGUCAUGGUAUAUGUCUAUUGUUAGGAGCAUGUGUUCUUAUACUUCGUGAGAAGAAACUUUCCUCUCAGAAGCUUGGUAGCUUUAUGGAGAUGGCAUUUGGUGGGCGUUAUGUUAUCCUUCUGAUGGCAUUGUUCUCAAUAUACUGUGGGCUUAUAUACAAUGAGUUUUUCUCAGUUCCAUUUCAUAUAUUCGGGAAAUCAGCGUAUGAAUGUCGAGAGAAAACCUGCAGUGAUGCACAUACUGCUGGGCUCAUUAAAGUCCGUGAUCCCUAUCCUUUUGGAGUGGACCCAAGUUGGCGUGGAAGUCGAUCUGAGCUACCCUUUCUAAACUCCUUGAAGAUGAAGAUGUCUAUACUAAUGGGUGUAACCCAGAUGAACUUGGGGAUUGUAUUGAGUUAUUUUGAUGCAAAGUUUCAUGGAAAUGCUCUUGACAUAAGGUAUCAAUUCAUACCACAGAUGAUCUUUCUGAACAGCCUCUUUGGCUACUUAGCACUCCUAAUUCUCAUCAAGUGGUGCACGGGCUCUCAAGCUGACCUAUAUCAUGUGAUGAUAUAUAUGUUCCUUGAUCCUUCUGGCAAUCUUGGAGAAAAUCAACUAUUUUGGGGCCAGAAGGAACUUCAGAUACUUUUGUUGCUUAUGGCUAUUGUAGCUGUUCCGUGGAUGCUCUUCCCAAAGCCUUUUAUCUUGAAGAAACUUCACAAGGAGAGGUUUCAAGGUCACACCUAUCGCUUUCUUGGGACCUCAGAAAUGGAUCCAGAUUCUGAACCAGACUCAGCCCGGUCACGUCAUGAUGACUUCAACUUUAGUGAAGUUUUUGUGCAUCAAAUGAUACAUUCCAUUGAAUUUGUACUUGGCGCUGUCUCCAAUACUGCAUCGUAUCUUCGGCUUUGGGCAUUAAGUUUGGCGCAUUCUGAGCUAUCAACAGUCUUCUAUGAGAAACUGCUGGUACUUGCUUGGGGGUAUGACAAUCUUGUUGUGAAGUUAGUGGGGCUUGUAAUUUUUUCUUUUGCUACUGCCUUUAUAUUGCUGGGGAUGGAAUCAUUGAGCGCCUUCCUUCAUGCACUUCGUCUACACUGGGUUGAGUUUAUGAACAAGUUCUACCAUGGGGAUGGCUAUAAAUUCAGACCCUUUUCAUUCGCUCUGCUAGCUGAUGACGAAGACUGAUGCAUACAAAAUUCAGCAGAUAAAGAGAUUAAGCUUGUUUCUUGCCAUUUUUGGAGCACGUGAGUGGAAUUCUUUCGACCAAGAUGGGUUUCCCCAAUACACAGCAUUUUGUCAGACCGCCGGGCUUCUUCCGAACGCAUGUGUGCAGUCCUGGUUGAGAUUGCCAGCGUGGUGGGAGGAGAUUUUGUAAGUUCACGGCAAUACUGUAGAGGGCAGGUUUCUCGUACAGUUCCUCCAGUGGAGAAGCAGAUUAUAGAUGCUAACAACAAAGAUAGAAAUGUAGAUUUGCUAUGUCUACUUUUAGCUCUUAUACUUUGUCCAAGUGACUGUCCCAGUAUCCCUUACCACUUGAAAAUGGAAGUUGCAGUCGUUUUUUUUAAUCAUUACGUGAUUAGGUUGUAACGAAGGGUGACAAUUAUUGAACUACAAUGUUUGUCAAUUCAAAUAAGAAAAGCUAAAGCAUAUAUGGUUUCCCAAGAUGU